AUGUUACAUUUGUUAGAGGAUUGGAAGAAGACAGAAAUUGAGGGGGUGGGAUGCAAGGUCAGGCCUCCCAUGAAAUGUAACAUAACUCUGGUUGGUGAUGAAGGGGACAACGAGGCUACUGCCACGGUUCGGAAACCAGAUGGUGAAGGCAAAGGGUGCAGACUUAAGCGGGCUGCGACACCAUUGUUGAGUCCAUUCACCGAUCCCUCCAGGAAAAAGAGGAAGGUUACUGAUUUGCAUGCACAGACACCUCAGCCCCGUUUUGAUCCAACAAAACCCGUGGCCAUGGACGAUGUGAAGGCUAUCAUACAACUUUGCAGGGCUUGGAAAACUGACAUCAGUGCGGAGCUGGAGCUCGAACCAUUUGAAGUUGGGGCAGAUUUUUUUUACAAACUGUUAGAUGAAACUGCAUGGAUGAGCUCGAGGCACCUUGACAUGGCCAUGUUUCUAAUACGCAAAAGACAACUCUCUCAUCCGCAACUAUUUGGAAGGGAGUGGACAACCGCCGAGUUUUGUCUGCAGCAAUUUUUACAGCCGUUUGCAAUGCCAAGUGGGAAACGAGUCACGAGGAAACAAUCUGCUGCAAGGACCGUUGACCCUCCCCUAACUACCUCAAAAAUGUACACCACUUUGUCAAUGGGUCAUGGCAACAUGGGUAUGCGCAAGCAUGGACGAAAGUGCGCAAGUAUGCUUGUCCGAUUCAUGGAGCCUAUUACCCAUACGCUUGCAAAGGUGCUGCAUGAAAUGAGGUUUUAUGAGAAAUCGGAGGUUGAAGCGGUGAAGAGAAAGGGGACUGACAUGUCAAACUUUAACCCAUUCACAAUUUGCAGAAUUUCCGAUGUUCCUCAACAAAGUGAUGGGUAA